GGUGCUGGGCGGAGGGGGCGGAGCCAGACGCCGGUAGAUGGUGUCGAAUGAAAAAACGGAGAGCCGGUUGAAAGAAAACGACUCGCUAAGGCAGAAGUUUCCUCGGUUUAUUCUGAACUCACAUUUACAGCAUUGGGGUGUUUCAGGUGUCUUUCCCAUCAGGAUCCCUGCCACCCCAGUGCCGUGUCUUACCUCGUGUCUGUGUAUGAGUGAGUGAGAGUGUGUGCGGUAGGAGAAAAACCGUUCAGCUUGCUCUGUGUGCUUCACCAUGGGUGACAUCAGUGAUCUGGACCGACAGAUCGACCAGCUGAGGAGAUGUGAGCUCAUCAAAGAGAACGAGGUCAAGGCUCUGUGUGCCAAAGCCAGAGAGAUUCUCGUAGAAGAGAGUAAUGUACAGCGGGUGGAUUCUCCAGUCACAGUGUGUGGCGAUAUCCAUGGACAGUUUUAUGACCUGAAAGAGUUGUUCAGAGUCGGAGGAGACGUUCCAGAGACAAAUUACCUUUUCAUGGGAGAUUUUGUGGACCGGGGCUUUUACAGUGUUGAGACUUUCCUGUUGCUGCUGGCUCUUAAGGUGCGCUACCCAGACAGAAUCACGCUGAUCCGAGGCAACCACGAGUCCAGACAGAUCACGCAGGUUUAUGGCUUCUACGAUGAGUGCUUAAGAAAGUAUGGCUCUGUCACAGUGUGGAGGUACUGCACAGAGAUCUUCGACUACCUCUCCCUGUCAGCCAUCAUCGAUGGCAAGAUUUUCUGUGUGCACGGCGGCCUCUCGCCCUCCAUCCAGACUUUGGACCAAAUCCGAACCAUCGACAGGAAACAGGAAGUGCCGCAUGACGGUCCGAUGUGUGACCUGUUGUGGUCAGACCCUGAAGAUACCACGGGCUGGGGAGUGAGCCCAAGAGGAGCAGGAUAUCUGUUCGGCAGUGACGUUGUGGCCCAGUUCAAUGCCGCUAACGACAUAGACAUGAUCUGUCGAGCCCACCAGCUUGUUAUGGAGGGCUACAAGUGGCACUUCAACGAGACCGUGCUCACUGUUUGGUCUGCACCCAACUACUGCUACAGGUGUGGGAACGUAGCAGCUAUCCUGGAGCUAGACGAGCACCUGCAGAAAGAAUUUAUUAUAUUUGAAGCCGCUCCGCAGGAAACCAGAGGCAUUCCUUCCAAAAAGCCGGUGGCCGACUACUUCCUGUGAGCCUGCCAUGAACAUAGGAAAGGAGACGCCGCCUUUUGCAGGAAGCGUCAUCUCAUAGAUUUACCUGUAUCUCUCUCUGUCCCAUCCUCCCCUGCCCAACUUAACUGUGCUUUUUUUUAAAGACUUUUCUACUUGUUUUUCCCGUUCUUUUUGUCCUUCUGCUUAUUUUCUUUCUUAGCCACACACACUGUCACCUGAAUACAUACACGUACAGAGACUGACAUUGUAGUUCCUCAUACUGCUGUAAAAGUCACUUGCUCUCAAAUACACUGUAGCUGUAUGCAGUUCUAACCAAUGUGAAUCGCACUAUGGUCAGUUGAAAGCAGCAGGGAAAUGGAGGUAAAGACAGAUACGGCGUUUCGCCGACUCUGCAAAGGGCCCUCACUUGUGUCUAAGGAAAGUAUCGGAUAUCUGCAUUACCUUGUUUUAUUUUUUUUUUAUUUUUAUAUCCUCCUUUCUUUCUCUCGACCCUUCAUUUUAAAUGUGUGGGCAAGCAAAAGUGACACUACUGCCCCUUGUUAUAUAUUAUGCAUCUUAUUUUUUUCCUCCUCUUAAGCCCGUAGUCUUACUUUUGACUUUCGUGACGGAAUGCCUACGUUCCCUGCAGUGAUCAGCAGCCACACUGGAAAGUAUUGGAACAAAACCAAACUACUUUUUUUUUUUUUUUGUUUUUUUUUUUUUUUUUU